UUCUCCAUCUGGAAUACAAUGAUGGGAACUUCCAUACUAAGCAUUCCCUGGGGCAUUGAUAAAUCAGGUUUUGUGUUUGGUAUAAUAUUAUUGGUAGUAAUGGCUGGUCUGACGCUGUACACUGCCUAUCUGAUAGUUAAAUCUCAAAAAAACAUCGGUCUCUCAAAUGCCAAAGAUCUAGAUUUUUCCGAGAUAUGUCGUCACUAUUUAGGAUCUUUCGGUGCCGGGGCCAGCUAUUUAUUAUCUUUGUUAUCUCUCUCCUGUGCAACUAUCGUCUAUUGGAUAUUAAUGUCAAAUUUUUUGUUCAAUAGCGUCGAUUUUGUUUAUGGUUGCCCUAAACUUCAACGAUUUUACGAACAAAAUCUUGUUUGGUUACAGAAUGACAACAACAACAACAACGAUGAUGAUGACGUCAUCAUCAACAACAACAGCAACGACACAAAUCCCAACAAAGAUAUGAUAUACCACAGAAUAUGGAACAUAGAACUGACAGUACCGUUGUUUUUGUUGCUGAUCAUCUUCCCGCUCUUGAAUUUUAAAUCUCCUACCUUCUUCACGAAAUUUAAUGCGUUUGGUACCAUUUCGAUAAUCUACCUCGUUACCUUCAUCACCAUAAAGGCCUGCAGGUGGGGCUUAAACCUUGAUUUCAACUCAUCCUCAUCGUCUUCCUCAUCAUCAUUCCAUGACGAUUUUAAAUGGACAUUCCCCGUUUUAAGCGGCAUGCUGUCCCUGGCUUACUUCAUACACAACGCCAUCCUCUCCAUACUAAAGAAUCAGAAGAAUCCUGAAAAUAAUACCAGAGACCUCUCCAUAGCUUACAUGUGCGUCAUGUUUACGUUCGUCUUCAUCGGCGUCACCUUCUAUGCAUCCUUUCCACUGGAUAAGUCUUGCAUUGCUGAUAACCUCCUGAACAACUUCAUAGCAUCAGACAUCCUAACUUUUUUAAGCAGAAUCUUCUUACUCAUCCAGAUGACAACCGUCUUUCCAUUAUUGGCUUAUAUAUUUAGGUCUCAGUUGAUGGUGAUUUUGUUUAAGAAAGUUUACCCUGGAUUGUUCCACGUCCUAAUGUUCAAUUCGUGUCUGGUGUCCGUCUGUAUCCUCUUCGCCAUCUUCUACCCCCACAUCGGCAGUAUAAUAAGGUAUUGCGGGGCGAUAUGUGGCCUGGGGUACAUAUUUAGCCUGCCAAUCAUCAUCUACCUCAUUCAGUCACGUGCUUCCGGCAAACGAAACAUCGUCAUCAUCACCCUUGUACACGUCAUCGUCGUCGUCAUCGGUGUGGCUAAUUGUGUAGCGCAGUUUUUUAUGUGA